AUGUUGAAUAAAGGCGGCAACCGAGACACCAAGAGGCUGCUUAUGGAUCGCAGCGUGCCGGGCCGAGUUGGGGUGGUUACACCCGGCUUGGACGUGCCCGCCGCUCCCCUGCCGGAUGCGGCCUACCUUCGCGACGAUCUCCCGCUCCCCGAAGUUUCGGAGCCCGAGGUGGUCCAGUAUUUCACCGCACUGAGCCAACUGAACUUCAGUAUCGACACCCACUUUUACCCGUUGGGUUCGUGCACGAUGAAGUACAACCCCAAGGUGAACGAUGAAGUCGCGUUCCUUCCCGGAUUCGCCGGAAUCCAUCCGCAGCAGCCGGCCGAGCAAUCCCAGGGGGCGUUGGAACUGCUCUAUCGGUUGCAGGACUUCCUCACCGAGGUCACCGGCAUGGCCACAACCAGCCUGGCAACUCUCGCCGGCGCUCAUGGCGAACUGGGCGGCGUUCUCAUGAUGCGGGCGUACCACCUGGCGCGCGGCGAUUCCGGCCGCACCAGGAUGGGUAUCCCCGACAGCGCCCACGGCACCAACCCUGCCUCCGCGGCGAUGGCCGGCUUCGACGUCGUUACCAUCCCGUCGGAUGCCGACGGCAACACCGACCUCGCCGCCUUGCAGGAACUUGCCGGGGACGACCUCGCCGGCGUGAUGAUAACCCUCCCGAGCACGCUGGGGCUGUUCGACACCAACAUCCUGGAAGUGUGCCGGAUCGUCCACGAAUGCGGCGGCCUGGUUUACGGCGACGGCGCGAACAUGAACGCGUUGCUCGGGCGCGCCAAGCUCGGCCAGUUGGGGUUCGAUGUCUGCCAUCUGAACCUCCACAAGACCUUCAGCACCCCUCACGGCGGCGGCGGACCGGGCGCCGGCCCCAUCGGCAAGAUCAGCGGAUUCCACGGCAACUUUGGCGUCUUGGUUCGCGCCUACACUUACAUCCGCACGCUGGGCGCCGCCGGAUUGCUUUCCAUCAGUGGCAACGCCGUACUCAAUGCCAACUACAUCAUGGAGUCGCUCAAGGACAUUUAUGAACUACCCUACGACCGCACGUGCAUGCACGAAGUGGUCUUCUCGGCCGACCGCCAGCGAGAGCGGGGUGUCAGCGGUUUGGAGGUGGCGAAGCGGCUGCUUGACUACGGUUUCCACGCCCCGACGAUGUACUUCCCGCUGAUCGUUCACGAAGCCUUGAUGAUCGAGCCGACCGAAUCGGAAACCAAGGAAACGCUCGACGCGUUCAUAGACGCCCUGCGGGCCAUCGACGCGGAGGCAACCGCCGAACCCGAAUUGGUCCAGCACGCCCCCCAUUCCACGCCGGUCUCCCGGCUUGACGAGGCGACGGCGGCCCGCCGCCCCGUGUUGCGCUGGGAAGCGGUUGCAGACUAA